AAAGCGGCGGGCGGGGCCGUUCCCGCGACGCAUGCGCGUAAUCUUAAAGUUUUUGCCGACUUUGGGGCGAAUCUGAAACAAACGGUUGCAUUGUUGGUCAGAUUGGAUUUUAACUGUCUAGAGCACAGAUCUGGUGGAUUCUCUCUGCUCGUUUGGAUCCACGUAUUCCGAUCAUCUCCUACACCUAGUGUCUAACGGGGGCAAAGUUGGAGCAGUGAGGACCAGACGAACAGGAUGGAUGACAUUUUUACCCAGUGCCGGGAAGGCAACGCAGUUGCAGUUCGGCUCUGGCUGGACAACACUGAAAAUGACUUGAACCAGGGAGAUGACCAUGGCUUCAGUCCUCUCCACUGGGCCUGCCGUGAGGGACGAUCCAAUGUUGUUGACAUGUUGAUAAUGCGCGGAGCUCGGAUCAACGUGAUGAAUCGAGGUGAUGAUACACCACUUCACCUUGCUGCCAGCCAUGGACACCGCGACAUUGUACAGAAGCUUAUCCAGUGCAAAGCAGAUGUCAGCGCAGUGAAUGAACAUGGAAACACACCACUGCACUACGCUUGUUUCUGGGGUCAUGAUAAGGUGGCCGAGGAUCUGGUGCUCAAUGGAGCCCUUGUUAGCAUCUGCAGUAAGUAUGGAGAGACCCCAUUGGACAAAGGAAAGGCGCACUUACGGGAGAUACUGAAGGAACAUGCAGAGAAGCUGGGCCAGAGUCUGACAAAAGUACCCUACAAGGACACUUUCUGGAAAGGGACAACUCGCACUCGCCCCCGAAAUGGAACAUUGAAUAAACACGCUGGCAUUGACUUCAAGCAGCUGACCCUGAAUCAUAAAAUCAAUGAGAACCACUCUGGAGAGCUAUGGAAAGGCAGGUGGCAGGGGAACGACAUUGUCAUCAAAGUCCUGAAAGUGCGUGAUUGGACCACACGCAAAAGCCGUGACUUCAACGAGGAGUAUCCAAAGCUCAGGAUAUUCUCCCACCCCAAUGUGCUGCCUGUACUUGGAGCUUGCCAGUCACCACCCGCCCCACAUCCCAUCAUCAUCACACAUUGGAUGCCUUAUGGGUCUCUGUACAACGUCCUGCACGAGGGAACAAAUUUUGUGGUGGACCAGACUCAGGCGGUGAAGUUUGCACUGGAUAUUGCCCGUGGAUUAGCCUUUCUCCACACCCUCGAGCCUCUCAUCCCAAGGCAUUAUGUCAACAGCAAGAGCAUCAUGAUUGAUGAGGAUAUGACUGCUCGAAUCAGCAUGGCUGACGUCAAGUUCUCCUUCCAGUGUCCUGGAAGAAUGUAUGCUCCUGCCUGGGUGGCUCCAGAAGCUCUUCAGAAGAAGCCAGAAGAGAUUAACCGGCGGUCUGCAGAUAUGUGGAGCUUUGCAAUUCUCCUGUGGGAGCUGGUGACUCGGGAAGUGCCCUUCGCGGAUCUCUCCAAUAUGGAGAUCGGAAUGAAGGUUUCUCUGGAAGGUCUGCGACCCACCAUCCCCCCAGGAAUCUCCCCCCACAUCUGCAAGCUGAUGAAAAUCUGCAUGAAUGAGGAUCCAGCAAAAAGACCAAAGUUUGACAUGAUUGUUCCUAUAAUGGAGAAGAUGCAGGACAAGUAGACAGGGGUUUGGAAAGCUUUCCCUCUGUAAAUCCCUUCCUGUCAGCCUUACAGCUUCCUGUAACCACACACAGCGUUCACAGGACUAUCCUGCCUCAAGGACUCCCAUUGCUUCUGGAUCUGACUUGAGUUUCAGAAACCCGUUCCUGUCUCCCUUUGUUUACGGUGUGUGUCUUUGCGGCAUUGUCUCUCCCUGUUUUAUAUUUUUGAGAAUUCUGUUCACUCGUGGAAAUACAAGGCCUUCACUUUCAUUCAGUCUAACAAAGGGGAGAGGAAUAAUUAGCCAGGAUUCUUGCUCCGAAUCACUGACUAGUAAUUCCCCAAGCUAGAGAUAGAUGGGAAAUCAGCCAGGAUCCCAGUUGAGACGGGGGCGCGGGAAGGUGGCAGAAUAUUAGCCAGGGUCCGGCUGCUGAUUCCUGUCCAGUUCUUGCCCCUGGAAAAUAGCAGUAUCUGUGCAACUGGUUCAGGGACACUUCUCUGUCUGUCUGUGGUUAUCUAGGGUGUUGUGGAAUACCACCCUGGCUCCUGUUUUCAUCAUCGCUAAAGAACAAUACUGUAAAAGGUCAGGUCCAAUUGUUUGUUUUGUAAUUCACUGCAGUUUCCUAACCUGGAUCUGCUCACAGCUCUUACCUGUUUACAGGAAGUGGGUCUCUUGCAGCAUUGCCCGUACCUGUUUUCUCUCGCUAUCGACAUCAUCAACCUCCUGGCUCCCAGCCAGCCUUUGGUUGCAACCAGUCUCCCCUCUUGGGCUGAAUGUGACCCACAUUCCAGAGGGUGAAAGGAUAGCCAUGGUGCUCGUCUGUGUGAUCCCUGUUCCUUGGCCCUUGCUGUUUGUGUCCCAUUCUCGCUAUGGAAAAUGUGAAGACCUUGUGCUCCAAGCUGUCACCUGUGUAACGGUCAAUCUUCACUAAUCUGUCUCCUUGCUGUUGCUACCUCCUGGCUCUUGAACCCAUUAACUCGGAAUCUUUUGCCAGGCAACUUUACUCAAAUGGAACUUGCUAACCGUUUAUAUAAUUUAUAUAACACUUGUAUUUUUGGUUUCUUCCAACAAGUCACUGCUGUUUUAUUGAAAAAUAACUUUAUGGAUUUUGCAUUAAAGAGAGACGGAUUUCCAAUUUA